CACUCGUGCUUUCAAAUCAACACAGACAGCAGCAAAAGCAAUAAUAAUCAUAAUAAUAACAACAACAGUAAGCAAGGUAAGGAAGCAGAGUUUUGAGUAAGUGUGAGCGGAGUCAGAUGACUAGCAUUGGCAGCUAACACACAAACACACACACACACAGCUGCUCCUCCACGGCUGCUGUUAAACACAUCCCUCAUCCGCACCGUCUCUGUAAACACAGCAGUGCCGUCGGAUCCGGCCAGACGGGCUCAGGCGUGUGUUAGUGCAGAACAGAGCGAAGAUGAUCAAGCUUUUCUCGCUGAAGCAGCAGAAGAAGGACGAGGAGUCCGCGGGAGGAGCGCGAGCCGGAGCCGGCGGGAAGAAGGCGAGCGCGGCCCAGCUGCGGAUACAGAAGGACAUCAACGAGCUGAACCUGCCGAAGACAUGUGAGAUCGUGUUCCCUGACCAGGACGACCUGCUCAGCUUCAAGCUCAUCAUCUCCCCGGACGAGGGUUUCUAUAAAGGUGGGAAAUUUGUCUUCAGUUUUAAGGUGGGACAGGGAUACCCUCAUGACCCUCCUAAAGUCAAAUGUGAAACGAUGGUCUAUCACCCCAACAUCGACCUCGAAGGCAACGUCUGUCUCAAUAUUUUGAGAGAAGACUGGAAGCCGGUGUUGACCAUUAACUCCAUCAUAUAUGGACUCCAGUAUCUGUUCCUGGAGCCCAAUCCUGAAGACCCUCUGAACAAGGAGGCAGCGGAGGUGCUGCAGACCAACCGGCGUCUGUUCGAGCAGAACGUCCAGCGCUCGCUGCGCGGAGGAUACGUGGGAGCCACCUACUUCGAGCGCUGUCUCAAAUAGUCCACGUCCCAGAAAGCAUCUAUCGUUUACAUGCGCUGAGAGGCACUGACCGCUCACAGA